UCCCUGAGUCUUGGAAGCCUCAUUGCUGAGAAAUUUUCAGCUUUCACUUUGUGCCUGCCUCGCUGUCCAGACGCAGCAGCUAGUCUCAGCUUCAGCCCUUGUAGAGAUUCUACAAACGGAUUGAGAAGUAUGGCAGUGACAACUUGUUUAACGUGGAUGCAAGAAAAAGUGCUGCAAAAUUAUUUUGGAGAAAAGCAGUUUAGCCUUCUCUAUAAGGCCAGUGUCCAUGACUUCUCCAGUAAAGGUUUGCUUGAGAGAUGCUCUAAUCAAGGACCUACUAUAACAGUGAUUUACACUGGAGAUUACAUUGUUGGGGCGUAUGCGCAGAACGACAAAGAGGAAUAUGUUUUCAUCACCCUUUUUGUCUUUCAAGAGACUGAAAUUUCAGAAUGCAAAAUAGGACCAUUCCAGCUAUCUAUGGUGUUUCAAGAUAAUUGUAAAUUUUGUGUAAAUCUAGAGAAAAAAAGGAUGUAUAUUAGCCCAGAAACAAAGGAAAAACUUGGAGUAUGUGGAUAUAUUUCCUUCCAGGAAUGUGAAGUUUUUCGAUGUGAAGAUUUAUUGGACAAAAGGAGGAUGGAAGGGGUCAUAGAGCUCAAGGACAAGUUGUUGUCUGCCAUAAGAACUUACAAACCAUAUGGAGACUUGGUUCACCAAACACGAAUUCUGCUUCUGGGUCCAAUUGGAGCUGGCAAGUCCAGCUUUCUCAACUCAGUAAAGUCUAUUUUCCGAGGUCAUGUAACAAACCAGGCUUUGGUGGGUUCUUAUACAUGUGGGACCUCUGAUAAGUACAGAACAUAUUUUAUAAACGAUGGAAAGAAUGCUGACACCUUGCCAUUUAUUCUGUGUGACUCAUUGGGGCUGAGUGAGACAGAAGAAGGGCUCUGCAUGGGUGACAUACCCUACAUCUUAAAAGGCCACAUUCCUGACAGAUACAAGUUUGAUUGCACGAAACCAAUCACACCAGGCCAUGAUAACUAUAUAGGCUCCCCGUUGCUGAAGGACAGAAUCCAUUGUGUGGCAUUCGUGUUCAAUGCCAACUCUGUUGAACAUCUCUCUAAAGAAAUGGUGUCAAAGAUCAAAAGAAUUCAAAGGGAGUUGAUAAAGUGUGGUGUGGUACAUGUGGUUUUGCUCACUCAUGUGGAUACCUUGGAUAUGAUUAUGAAAGGUGACCUUGUGGACAUAUACAGCUGUCUGCCUGUGAAACUCAAGUUGGAGGCAGUUCACCGAGAACUUGGAUUUCCUCCUUCUAACAUCUUCGUGGUUAGAAAUUACACCUCAGAGUGGGAGCUGGAGCCUGUCGUGGACGUUCUGGUCCUCUCUGCGCUGAGGCAGAUGCUGUGGGCUGCAGACGACUUCUUAGAGGAUCUGCCCUUUGAAGAAACAGACAGAUGUGUUUGGUGACGCAGAAGCGCGAACGUGUGAGCUCCGCGGGGACUUCCGGUUUGUGUCCCUCCUGGAGGAUCUGCACUACUUCUCUAACCCUUCGUCUCUUUUUAAAAUGAAAUUCUUGACAUGACCCACCCGUGCCUUUCCCACUGAACAUUCCCAGCUGCAUCUUUGCCCUCUUCUGUCAAAAUGGGCUUCAUUGCGUGAGACCCAGAAAGGGCUUGGCUCGCCGUUGUUCCUGAUCCGAUAUGGUCUUUGACUGUUGGUCCUUUUCUGGGACCUGAUGCUGCUUUGCCCUUUUUAGCUUGGCUUUUCGACACCUCUCCUCGUCAGAGUCUCUCUUAAGGCAGUGUGAUCAGUUCUGGGUAGCGGUGUUGACAGCCUCAGAUUUUAGGGUUCCAUGUAUUUUCUGUUGUCAACGUGUGCGCACUACUCGCUUUACCGUUCCAACCAGAGAUCAGACACGUUUCAGUCUAAACUCAAAUCUUACUUUAGUUUGUGGGAAGUCAAAUUAGGGUAUCAUAACAUCUCUAGUUCUCUCUCACUGCAAACUACUGGGAAACCCUCAUUCUACUGCCUUUGCUGUCCUGACUCUGCAGUCUUGGUUUCUCCAUUCUUUCUCUUCCUCAUGGUGCAGGCACUCUCAAAGCCAGGGUUGGCUUAGACCUCCAGGAGCCCAGUGGGUUUUCCUCCUGCUAGUUGCUUUUCCCUAAAUAGUCCAUCAAGAAUAUUUUUUUUCUCUUUAUUCAGAGAUGAGAGGAAAGGAUUAUUAAGUGUAUGAGUAAAGACAAUGAGUAAGUGAAUGUUUUACAUUAAUAUAUGUGUAUUUUUAUCUCAUCAUGGAGGAAUGAAAAUUAAGACAUGAGAAAACACAGGAAGGAGAGAAGUAGUGGAAACUGAACCUAUUUUAUUUUUAUCUGGAAUGAAGUUACACAUACAAAAUCAUAUCACCUAUAAAUAAGAACAGCACAAUUUAAAGUCAUUAAUUGUGAAAACAAUCGUAAUUCCUUUUGAAUUUAUGUUUUGUAUCUGUGAAAAAUUAAAGUUUCUUUUUAUAAAACCCGA